AUGCUUGCUUCAGAGGUGUACCAGAAUAAUUUAGUGGGGAUCGCAGUCGAUGAGGUUCACGUCACGUAUAAAUGGGGCGAAGCUGGCAAAGGGAGUCCAGCCUUCAGAGAGAGCUUUGCCCGGCUGGGAGAACUCAGAUCAAUUGUUAAAGAAGGCACACCUGUCAUGGCUUUGACAGCAUCUGCUGAUAUUGUCAACAGAGGCCGGGUGACCAAGCUACUGAACAUGGAGAAGGCAACUCAUAUGACGGUUAGCCCAAACAGAAGCAACAUCAGGCUUGGGCUGAAGCAUGUUCCUAGUCAUGACCUGGACUGCAUGGAUUGGGUGGUGACGGAGGUCAGAGAGAAGAGACUGUUGAUGUCGCCUAUCAUUAUUUACUGCAGAUCACUCAAGGCAGUUGGAAGUGUGUUCUGCCGUCUCAAAGCUAAACUUGGAGAAGAUGCAUGGGUGAACAGAGAUCCAGAGCAUAAGGCUGAAAACAUGCUGAUAGGAAUGUUCCACAGCAAGACACUGCCACAGUACAAACAGAGAGUGCUGGCAUCCUUUACGGGUGAGGGUAGCUGCAGGGUUGUUGUUGCUACAACUGCGCUGGGGAUGGGCCCCAAUUUUCCUAAUAUCUCACAUGUUGUCAUGUACGGGGCACCAGAGGAUGUGGAAGACAUUGUGCAACAGGUUGGGCGGGCUGGGAGAAACUCCUUACCUUCACAUGCAGUUUUGUAUGAUAUACAAGCAUCACCAAGGGUUGAUAAAACAGUGAAAGCAUUGAUUCAUGCAGGGACACAGGGCUGUUUUAGAAAAGCCCUCUUUAGUCACUUUGAAGAGCACACCACAAGCUUGGAGCCGGGUCAUCUCUGUUGCACCUACUGCCACUCGAUGUGUUCAUGUUCAUCAGGUGUUUGUGUAGAGCCUACUCCAAAACAUGAAUCUGUAGAACCAAAUGUGAGUACUACUCCACUUAGAUCUAGAGAGGUGACUGAGGAAGACAAGACUGUGAUCCGGGCCUGCUUACAGCAGUACAGGCGCACUUUAGUCCCAGACAUGCCACUCAUCACAAACAAGACUCUCUGUACUGGGUUUGGCACUGAACUUAUCGAAGCAGCAGUCGAGCACAGUCCCUAUAUCUUUGACUUGGUUUAUAUUACAAACCACCUUCCAGUAUUUACAGUACGGCAUGCAAGCGAAAUUCUCCUAGUGAUCAGUGAGGUUUUCGGGGAUUUCGAAUACACAGAGCCUACUUUACCUGAAGAGAGCUUCACAGAGCCUGACAUUGAUUUCACAGGUUAUAAAGAUUGA